AUGCCAAAAACAGCUUUAACAGAAGAAGAAAAAUUAAACUUAUCAAAAAAAAAAUUAUUAUUUAACAGAUAUGUUGAACCAGGAAGAUUAUGCCUUAUAGAAUAUGGCCCUUAUGCUGGAAAGCUUUGCUUUAUUGUAGAUAUCAUAACAAUUACAAGAGUAAUCGUUGAUGGAGCUGGUAUAACAAGUGUGCCUAAAACCAUAAUGCCAAUAAAAAGGCUCAAGUUGUUAAAUCAAAGAGUUAAGAUAAAUGCCAAUUCAAAAACCGGAAUUUUAAAAAAGGAAGCUGAGAAAUCGAAAGUUUUAGAAGAAUUCUAUAAAUCCAAUUUAGGAAAAAAAAUGAUGAUAAAACAAAGAAGAGAUUCAGCUACUGAUUUUGAAAGAUUUCAAAUUUAUUAUGCUAGCAAAGAAUUAAAAAAAAAAAUGAAUUUUUUAAAAUCACAAAAAAAAGGACAAUCAAAAAAAUCAAAAGCAUAA